AGGGACUGAAAACCGAGUGAGGAGAUGCAAAUCCAAAAUUUCUUCAGAGAUGAGGGGAAUUGGAGGAAAUUACAUUUCCUUUUCUUGUUUCACAAAAGGAAUGCAUCGUAUUACGCCGGAGAACACAAAGAUAGAUGCUGCAGAUAGAUCCUGACCCUCACCAAAGGUACAACGGCACACCUGUGGGAAGACAUCCAGUCCCUUCACAGCAUUGCUGAACCGGAGGAGGUUGAGCAGUGAAACCAUCGUCCAAAAAUUGGUUAAAUCAGAGGAGCUUUGACAUAUCAUCAGAUGUGGAACUAGUCAGUGAUGUGAAGCCUUCCAUCAGACCCAACCUUUCAGAAGGUUCGGCAGUGGAUGAUAUCAGGGUGAGGCUGGGAAGAAGUGUGAAUGGACUCCGUGGGUGAGAGUUUCAAUCAUUCAUCAAGCCUGAGGGACUUCUAACUCAUUCCUAAAGGUGAGAAGCUGUUUCAUGUGAGAAGGGCUCCACAGCUUCAUAAAAUCUCAUGACAACCAAGUUGUUACAACCACUAUUAACACAAAGACAUUCCAUGGAAUUCAAGCCAUUCAAGUGUGUGGUUUGUGCUAAAUCUUUUGUGACUUCUACAAGGCUCCUGGCACACCAAAUGAUUCACACAGGGGAGAAACCCUUCAGGUGUGAGGUUUGUGAGAAGGCUUUCACCUCUUCUUCCCAACUGCUGAGGCACCAGAGAAUUCACACAGGGCAGAAACCAUUCACGUGCGAGGUGUGUGAUAAAUCUUUCUCGAUCUUAUCAAACCUACGUGUACACCAACGCAUUCACACAGGAGAGAAACCAUUCAACUGUAUGGUGUGUGACAAAUCAUUCUUAGACUUAUCGAACCUCCGUAAACACCAACGCAUUCAUACAGGGGAGAAGCCAUUCACAUGUGAGGUCUGUGACAAAUCAUUCUCAUCAUCAUCACACCUCCAUGGACACAAACGUAUCCACACAGGGGAGAAACUGUUCACAUGUGAGGUGUGUGAGAAAUCAUUCUCGGAUUCAUCGAGUCUGCGCAGGCACCAACGCACUCACACAGGGGAGAAGCCAUUCGUGUGCAAGGUGUGUGACAAAUCAUUCUCAGACUCAUCAAACCUCCGUGGACAUCAACGCGUUCACACAGGUGAGAAACCAUUCACGUGUGAAGUAUGUGACAAAUUGUUCUCAACACUAUCACAGCUGCUUGUCCAUCAUCGUGUUCACACUGGGGAGAAGCCAUUCAGGUGUGAGGUGUGCGACAGAACUUUCUCAAGGUCAUCAAAUCUCCUGGUCCACCAGAGGCUGCACACAGGGAAGAAACCAUUCAAGUGCGAGGUGUGCGAUAAAUUAUUCUCAACAUCGUCGCUCCUCCUUGUGCACCACCGCAUUCACACAGGGGAGAAACCAUUCACAUGUGAGGUGUGUGACAAAUCAUUCUCAGAGUCAUCAAACCUCCGUGUACACCUUCGCAUUCACACGGGGGAGAAGCCAUAUAGGUGCAAUGUGUGUGGCAAAUCAUUCUCAACGUCAUCGACCCUCCAUGUCCACCAACGCAUUCACACAGGGGAGAAACCAUUCACAUGCGAGGUGUGUGACAAAUCAUUCUCAAGGUCAUCAAAUCUCCUGCUUCAUUGGAGAAUCCACACAAGAGAGUAACUCACCAAAUGUAAGGUUUGCGACAAAGCUUUUCUAAUAUCUUUGAACCUACUGGGACACACAGGAUAUGCGCAAAGUUCUCUUCAAUUACAAUGGUUGUGACAAGACUUUCACACAAUCAAACUAUUUCCUACACAUUCAAACCUGUCAAUCCAAGUUUGGAAUGAAGGUUUCACACAGCUGUUAGACCUCAUGGGCCAUCAACAAACCCAUUCAGAACUUGCCAAGUUCUUGUCAAUCUAUUAUUGCAGUGUGAACAAUAUUCCUAUCAACCUUAGGUUCAAAGGUUCAAUUGACCCUCAGCCACAACUGAUUUUUGUGGGACAGAGUUCCACAAUCCCAGUCCCCUUUUUAUGAAGAACUGUUUACUGAUAUCGCCUCCGAACAAGCUCAUUUUAAUUUUAAUGCCAUGCCCCUUGCUCUGGAAUCUCCGAGCAGAGAAAUAUUAUAUAUUCACCAUACCCUCUUCUAAGUUUAAAUUACAGUUCUGGGAGGGAUCUUGAAUUAUUUUGAAAUGCUUUGUGUUUUUGAAUGUAAGCUGAAUAUUGCUUUGCUUUCCUGCUGUUCUUUCAAUUUUCUCUAUAGAUUUAUAGUCUACAAUAUAUCAUAAUUUUUCAUCACCCAACUUUGUCAGCAGGGUGUGUAUUCAUGAAAUAGACAGGAUCAUACAUAACAGUUAUGUGCACAAUAAAAUGGACACUGUCAUUCUAGGCUGUGAUACUUUUGCUGUCGAUGGGUUCAUCACUUCCUGUUCACUUGAAGCAUAGUGUUUCUCUAAGAAAGAAAAACUUACAUUUACACAUCAACAUUUACAAAUUUGGUGUGCUUGUAAACACCUUGUGUGGAAAUGAUGUGAUAUUGUACUCCCCAUUCAUUCCGGAAGUGUCCGAAAUCAUUCACUGAUGAAUUGAGUUCAUUGUCACUGAUCACAAUAUCAGGAAUGUCAUGAUGACUGAAGUGUGCUUUCAGACAUUCUACAAUCUCACUGGCAGUCACUGCCCUCAGCUGCUCUAACCCCCUGCUGCCUGAAUAGUAGGUGACAGUGAUGAGAUAAUCAAUUCCAGUGAGAGUGAAAAAGUCUACUUCAAACUUCAUCCAUGGGAUGUCUGGGUUGCCAUGAAUCGUGAGCAUCUUUUUAUCUUGUUUCACUUGGUGUUCAUUACAAACAUUGCACUGGCUGAUGUGGUCCUUCAUCUCAUUGCACACGUUUGACCAGUACCACACUUCUCUUACCUUCCUCAGAAUAGACUCAAUUCCUUCAUGGUUUGUGUGGAAUGUGCUUCGGCAUUUCUUUAGCGAUAACAACUCUCAAUCCUUUGAACACAAAUUACUGGUUUCUUUGAUUUCCUAUUAUUGAGUUGUGUGUUUGUGUGUUGGGAGCUCAAUAUUAUCCUGUGGAUUGUGAACGGGGAGUUCUCUGUGUGUUCAGUCGAGAUGCCUCCUGUCUUUUCAAUUCCCGGCAAGAUAUUAUACCACCCUAUCUCUGUCAACCUGUCAGAAAAGAAAAUUAAAAAUAGUUGCAGUUAUCUAGAGCCUUCCAUAGCCACCAGAUGUCUGCAGUAUCAUUGUUGCCAAUCACUCUCUAACAAGAUUGAUCGACUGCCCAGGAAAUCCUGUGUCACUGGCCAUGGGUUGUGUGGGUCAUUGGGUGGCUGACAAGCCCAAUCCUCGAGCCAUAUCUCUCUCCAACCACACAUUUAGCUAGAGUUUCUGGAAAUGGAAGUCCUUGUCCUUGAGAUCGUUGGUGUUCCAUUCUCUGGAUCCUUUUCCUUAUCUGCACAUGUUAUCAAAGAAUUGUGUCCCUUCACGCAGGAGCUUUUUCCAAGUCAGUUUCUGCUGAUUGAGGUUCUCCUCUGUGUUAACAGCUAUGCUUGAGGAAGUCUUCAGGGAGUCUUUUAAAACAUUUCCUUUGUUCUCUUAUUCGAGAGCUCGGUGAAGAAGAUUUGCUUUGGGAGUUGAAACUCAGCACGUGGUCUGCUCACUGAAAUUGGUUUCGGAUGAUUAUAGCCUUAAUGUGGGUGCUAUUGGCUGCUUCAAGGGUGCAAAUGUUAGCACACCUGUCUUCCCAGCUGACAUGCAAAAUGUGCCCUCAAGCUGCAUUUUUGGUAACUGUCAAGGGUCUUGAUGUGGUCUCUAUACAUAUUACAAGUCACAGAGCCUUAUAGAAGAAUCAGACUGGUGACUGCCUAAUGCACAAGGAUCUUGGUGUCAGUAUGGAUGUCAUAAACAGUUGUCAAAAACUCAUGCUUAAAUGUUCAAAGGCUCGAAGACUGAAUGUGACAUUGAAUCUCCAUAUUGAUGUCAGCCUUAGAUAACAGGUACGUUCCCAAGAGGGGAAAUAUUCCACUUUUGGAGGAUUUAUCUAUCGACCAUAAUGGAGGAAUGGACUGGAACUUGACCUGGGAUGGGUUGGUGAAAGGUUUGAAUCUUGUUGGGAUUAAGGCUCAGAUCUAUUCUUCUGCAAAGGUGUUAAGUGGAGCUUGAAGAUUCUCUUCUGAGAGAGCAGAAAUGACAUUGUCGUCCACAUAUUGAGGUUUCAUAAGUGAGAUUGGUGUCAUCCCAAAAAGUAGUUUUUGAUGUGUCGCCACUGCUGUAAUGUAGAAACAUCGUGUACAGUGUGUGCACAGCAAGCUCCCCAACGUCAGUGUGAUAAUGACCAGACAAUCUGUUUUAUGCUGGUACUUACUGAGCAGUUUUAAAGAUCUCUAUAACUUUUAAAAACACUGAAUACACCAACUGAACACCCUGCGCCACAUUUAUGCUUUAAUCCACAGAUUUUCAGUUUUUACACAAACUGAUACAAGUGUGGGAAGAGAGUAACACAAUCAGCAUCCCAAUGAGGCAGUGAGAUGCUGUUGGAUGCAGGGUGGGAGUCUGUCACACAUAGCCUUCUGGAAUGGUUGUUUGCAAAGGAUGUCAGGAGAUAGAUGCAGUGGUUUUGUCGUGGUUUGUCCUGAGCAGCCCCAUAAUGAAGGACUCUGUGCUCUACUCUGUUCCCUGGGAUGCACAUUAAGACAAGCAUUGAUUGUGUCUGGAGAACCGUCAACUCAAUUGAAGAUGUUCUUUUUUCUACCCAAAACUUGUUGGCCUUUCCGAACAAGGAGUUGACCUCGACCAAAUGCUGCAGACUGACACUUUCCAAGAUCCAGGACUGUGUGCUGAGGGAUGCAGUAAAGCUCAGGGUAACUGCUGCCAAGGCACAGCAGGGAAAGACACUGUCUGAGGUCUUUCUGCUGAAGUUAAGUGAGUUCUAUUCAGUUAUUGGACCUCCUAGUGCCUCAGUGCAUAUGAAUGCAAUCUUGUAUGGUUUGUUUGGAUAGUGUCAAAUUUAAAUGUUUGUUUGUUUCCUUGAUUGGUACCAUACAGAACCAAACUGCACUUGUGACAGAAUAUGUACAAAGAUUUUUUUAAUGAAUAAAGUAUGUUUUUGUAAUAAAGUGAAGCAAUCUGGGAAGAAUCUCUCGUCUAAUGGUGA